AUGCCUCAAACCUUUACUUCAAUCGCCAAGAUGGGCGACUUCAUCUUGAAGACUCCAGCCUUGUCGAAAAUCGUUGUUCCAGUUGCUCACCAGUUCGUCAAGUUUUCUGGUUAUAGAAAAAUGGGUCUCAGAUUUGACGAUCUAAUUUCUGAGGAAAACGACAUUGCCCAGAAGGCUUUGAGCAGACUUCCUGAGGAAGAGUCUUACGCCAGAAACUUUAGAAUGAUCAGAGCUCACCAGUCGUCUUUGACCCACCAUCUACUACCAAAGACCCAAUGGAUCAAGCCAGAAGAAGACACUCCAUACAUUCUACCAUUUUUGUUGGAAGCCGAGGCUGAAGCUAAGGAGAAAGCCGAGUUGGACAACUUGGAGUUGGUCAAGUCCUAG